AUGAUUUCUACUUUACGAGCAGGCAAAUAUUGUCAUUUGCCAUUUUAUUCACGACAUUUUUUAUUACAUGAUCGAUCAACAAGUAUAAAUCCCAUAUCUCAAAUUUUCAUAUUAAGUCAUAAUUAUGCUAUUGGCACGAAAAAAACUGCAGCAACUUCAAAAAGUAGUAAUAGUCCAAAGAAAAUAUCAAAAAAAGAACUUACAAAGAAGCCUGUUAAGAAAAGGCAAGAAUUAAUGACUAUCGAUAAAUUAGAAAAAUUGUCAGAUGAAUUGUUAAAGACUCUUUGGGCAGAAAAGAAAACAUUAGCAAAAGAUUUGAUGACAGAAAAGGUAGAGUGUGCAGCGUCAUGGCAAGAUAUUGAACAAUUUCGACCAAACGUUAAAGAAUUAGAAAGUAAAAGUUUUCAAAUAUUAGCAGAAAAACUUAAUCGUUCAUUUUUGGUUUCACAUUUUUCAAAUUAUUUGAGAGCUAAUCAACAAAGUGCGGGAGGAACUAAAGAAAAAUUGAUAGAAAGAGUAAUUGAACAUAUCUGGCAAAUCAAAAAACUUAUUCCUGAUCCAUCGCUAUGCAUUAUAAAAGAAGAUGUGAUAUCAAAUCCUGUUGAUAUUUAUUUUAUUCUUGGGCAAGAUGGAGUUACUCUAGAUCAACUAGAAAAGGGAACUGACACCAAAAUCAAUGUCAAUACUAAUCCACAUUCUUACACAAUAUAUGGCACAAAAAACAAUAUUUUAAAAGUUAAAGAAGAAAUUAAAGGAAUAACGGAAUAUAAAAAUUUAACCUUAAAACUUCCCGAGAAUAUCAAAAACUCAAUUAAAAGCUUGGAUGAAAUACCAUACAUACAAGAUAUUUGUGAAGUAACUCAAACAUAUAUUGAACUUAAUAAAAAUAACCAGUUAAUUAUAUAUGGUCGAAAUGAUAUUAAUAUAUCAGAAGCCAAUAGAUUACUGAAUAUUGCUUGGAAAAAGCCAGAUCAAAGUGAAGCACAAGUUGUAUUAAUUAAUCCGAGUAACGAUAAAUUAUCCGAGCAUUUAUUUCUACCUAUUCAUGACGAUGAUCCGAUACCAAAUUACCAUAGAAAUAUGAAUUGGUAUCGUGUUGAUAAAACUAAAAUUAAGGGUGAUGAUGAGUUUAUAUUAGACGACCAAGAUUUAUUAGAUUCUAAAUUAAGCAUCUUAUAUGAAAAUGAAAGGCAUGAAAUAUUUUUAAAAGAACCUUUAUGGGCAACACUUAAUUCAAAUAAUAAUAAUGAAGAAUCAAAAAUCACCAGCUUUAAAAAAUUGGGUGAAUUUUUUAGAAGCUAUAUGAAAGAAGGUUCGACUUCAAAUUCACGACUUGAGUUAUAUGCAAUUUUUGGAUAUAUAUUAUUCCAUGAAAAUUCAAAUCACAACAAUAAUAAUUUAUUUAUGCCACCAAUAUCUGAGUCCUUUAAUAUUUCAAGAUUUCAGGAAUGGGUUUCACAAAAAAAUCCUACAAAAAUAUUUCUUCCAAGUUAUCCUCAUACAGAUUUCUUGGAAUCGUUGAAUAAAUUAACAAAAAAUCAAACAACCGUACAGCUAGAUUAUGCACCAUCCGAAAUAUCCAAUCAAUCUUUAUCUUAUGUGGCAACCCAUAGACUGAGCGUACUAUUUGACGUUGUUGAUGAUGAUUUGAAAAUCAAGGAUUUCAUUAUGUCUAGAAGACGUCUUUUUAUGGACACAUUAAUGAUGGAUCGCUUAAAAGAUUUUCGACUUGUAUCAGCUUUGAAUAAUUCUCUACUUGGAUUUCAAGAUGUUACAGAAUUUUCUAAUCAAUGUAAAUUAAAAAGUUUACAAAAUAUUUCAUGUCCAAAAAAAUAUUUUAUUACUUUAAAUCGUGACAAUGAUAACAAGGUAACUAUUCCAUAUGAGUUGGAACGAGCUUCAAUAAAUAUCAUUGACUAUUAUGAUUAUAAAGGUUUUAUCCUGUCAACAAGAAAAAUUUUCGAGAAAGAGUCUGAUCUUGCUAGAACAGAACUUAGAUUGCUUUAUAAACCAUCAUCAUUAAUAAUAGAACAAAAUAAUCGUGAUAGUCAAGAGGUGCAACAAUUGGCGGGGCAGGAACAAUCGGUGAAGGAACAAGUGGAGCAGACGGAACAGCCGAUAGUCAAUGAAUUAAAUAACAAAUCUUCGGAAGAAAAUAAUGAAAGCAAUGAUCCAGAAACUUGGGAGAAUUAUAUUUUAACCACGUUAGAUAUUGCCAACAAAUUAAAAUCUUAG